UUAUGUGACAGAUGGAUAUAAGUCUGCCCUCAAGAUGAAACAAGAUAACUCCUUAAUGGAAUUGACCAAUGAUAGCAGAGGACUAGUUUCCUGAUUAUUACAAAGGCCGAUUUCCAGAAGUUUGCUUUCCUUACUUUGGUGAUCAGACAU